AUGCAUGAUAUCAGCCUUACUCAGAUAUUUGUGAUAAUUCCAACCACUGUCUCUUGCUAUUUAACUUGGGCUAUGACCAUCCUAUGUGAUUCAUUGAGGCAGAUGCAGGAUGCAAGAGUCAAAUGGCCACAAGGAGAGGAAUUUGAAGAGAACAAUGCACUGGUUGUUGUGCAACAUCCUUUACUUGAUGGUGCAUUUGGAUCUCUUGAUGGACUGAACCUGAUGGUUCAGACUUCAACAGACCAAGAACUCAAGAAUGCAACAUUCAAUGGGUGGCUCCAUGAGCAUUUUGUUAGCUCUGUAUUUGCUUUCAAUGCCAAGGGUGAAAUUAUAGCAUGCAAACUCAAUGCUCCAGGAAGCUGGCAUGAUUCUUGUGUUGCAAAGCCUAUCUAUGAGAAGCUACGCACACAGACUCCAGAAGGAUUCUAUCUUUGGGGAAAUCGAGGGAUACAAGGCUCUUUUGGUUGUCUCCAUGUUCCAUUACCUAUCCGCUACCAUGAAACCCGAGGAGACUUGUUGGAAGUCUGUGUGCACCUUUUCAAUUAUCACACCAGGACUAUUGGUUACAACCAGAUUCGAAGUGUUUAUAUGCCAAUAUGGCAGGAGGGUGGACAGGAAGAAAUCUGGCAGAGCUUCGAAAACAUCCUCUUCUCUGAUCAGCGAAACAAUGACCGAGUUGCUAGGUUUUAUAAUAUAGUUUCACAUGAGUAA